UCCUCCUCCGUACGUCACUUGCAGAGAGGAGGGCUGGAGAGGUCAGGAGCUGCAGGAGGCUGACCUCUUCUACAGGUCUGUCUAAGCUGAAAAUGAGUGCAGUAGGGGAAGGCCCCCUGGACCCUGCCACGCUGGAGUCACACAAGAGGAAGAGCUCACCAUGCGAUACAUCGGGGCAAAGUGGGGAGAAGCGAAGGAGGGAGCUGGAGUGUCGCUACAUCGAGGAGCUAGCUGAGCUGGUGUCGUCCAACAUGGGCGACAUCGCCAGUGUGAGCGCUAAGCCAGACAAGUGCCACAUCCUCAAGAGCACCGUGGACCAAAUCCAGCAGAUCAAGCGGCGUGAGCAGGAGAAAGCAACUCUUUUGUCUCCAGAUGACGACGUGCAGAAAAGCGACGUGUCCUCCAGUAGUCAGGGGCUGGUAGAGAAAGAGGCGCUUGGUCCCAUGCUGCUAGAGGCACUCGAUGGAUUCUUCUUUGUGGUCAACCACGAGGGCCGCAUUGUCUUCGUUUCUGAGAAUGUGAAGGGUUACCUUGGAUACACCCAGGAAGAGCUGAUGAACUCUAGCGUCUACACCAUCCUCCACGUGGGAGACCACAAUGAUUUUGUCCGUAAUCUGCUCCCUAAAAGCCUAGUGAACGGCGCCCUGUGGCCGCAGGAACCUGGCCGAAGGAACAGCCACACCUUUAACUGUCGCAUGCUGAAGAGACCGCCGGACGAGGCAGACUCUGAGAACCAGGAGGCCCGACAGCAGUACGAGAUCAUGCAGUGUUUUACCAUCUCACAGCCACGGCCCGUUCACGAGGAGGAAGAAGACCUGCAGAGCUGCCUGAUCUGCAUCGCCUGUCGGAUACCACGCACGGAGUCUUUUAUCACGAAGCAGGACCCGACAGGGAAGAUCAUCUCCGUAGAAACGAGCGCUUUGCGAGCGACAAGCCGGCCUGGCUGGGAGGACCUGGUCAGGAAGUGCAUUUAUGCGUUUUUUCAGCCGCAGGGCAAAGAGCCCUCCCAUGCCAAGAAGCUGCUGCAUGAAGUGAUGGCACGCGGCACAGCUGUCAGCCCCCUGUACCAUUUCACAUUAAGCGAUGGCACGCCGCUCAGCGCACAGACACGCUGCAAGUUCUGCUGCCCACCAAAACCAGACGUACAGCCCUUCAUCAUGGGCAUUCACACUAUUGACAGGGAACACAUCACUGCUAGCUCUCAGGAAAACACUAACCCCAGCCUUCCACUGACCCCCAGCAGUAUUGCUCACACCCCCACCCAGCCCCCCUCACUUCCCCCUGGCAGUAACUCAAGCCAAGGCUCUGUCCUUCAUACCAACAACAACAACGCCUCCUCCCUCGGACACAACCCCUCCACACCAACAGGCUACCUGACGCCCAAUCGGACGAACUGCCCCCCAGAGGUCAACAGUCCCUCUGCUCUCAGCAGUCCACACACAGCCUCCUCUACCUCUUUUAUGUCACCCAGGAUGCCACAUGCCAGUCCUGGGUUAGGGGGAAGCCCUCGAGUACCAGGGAACCCCUUCUCGCCCUCCACGCCGGGCCUCCAGUCGCCUUCGGGGGCAGCCAGUAGCGGCGGCAGCCUCAACAGACAGCAUUCUGCCGGCGAUAGUAAUAGUGGGGUUAAUGGUGGGUCAGCAGGGUCUUUCCCCCUGUCCUCGCCUGGACUUCAGAGACAAGCCAGUUUGCCCACCGGCUCCUCCACUCGACCACAGUCGGCAAAGCCCCAAACUGGAGGGGGGGAUGGGGGAGAGGACUCUGCUAAAGCCCCCCUACCUCCUGCCUCACAGCUGGGGAACUCCAGACUCAACCAGCUCCUGGACAGCAGUGUUUCAGGAGUGGAAUCCAACAACAACUCAUCACCUCAUCCUCCUCACCCCUCCCUGGGUCUUCAUUGUCCCGCUUCCCACAGCAGUCUGACGGAGCGCCACAAGAUUCUGCACAGGCUGCUCCAGGACAGCAGUCCAAACGACACCGCCGCCGCCGCGUCCGAGGUCGGAGGAAAUAAAAAUGAAGUAGAGAUCAAGAAGGAGCCGCCUGCCAGUCCGGCUCCGGGCACAGCGCCCCACAAGCCCAAUCCCAGAGAGCCGCGGGACCACCAGUUACUGCGAUUUCUUCUGGAUACCGACGAAAAGGACUUGGGAGACCUUCCACCUCCGUCGGCCUUGAGCCUUCAGACGGUUCGAGUGAAGGUAGAGAAGAGAGCCAGCAGCGAGGGCCUGACUUGUUCCGGUUCGUCCGUCCCAGCCGGAGGGACGUCCAAACUAACGAGCGGCUCGGCUUGCAUCAGCCCUAAAUCAAGUCCUCUGGGGGAGAACCGCAGAGAUAGCAGAGACUCAACGAUAUCUGUUGGAGCUGCUGAUAAGGACCCUCCUAACCAGCUUCUGCCUGGCCUCAGAGGUCCACUCACGGCCAAACAAGGCACUGAAGACUCAGUAAACGGUGGAGGAGGCCCUCUACAUUCUCCAUCCACACAACUCCCAGCUCCGCUCCAGUCCCCAGUACCUCAUCUCCAGUCCCCCUUGUCCCAGCCUCAGUCGGUUCCCCAGCUGCAUUCCCCGUCCCCUCAGCUCCACUCCCCUUCCCUCCAGCUCAGACUUCAGUCACCUACUCAUCUCCAGCCUGGUGAGGCCUGCACUCCCCGCAACGUUAAUGUGAAGAGAGAGCCUCCAGGGACACCAAACAGAGGACUUGGUGACGGCGGCCAAACCUCAGGCUGCAGCAUCCAGUCGCAGCCAUCCUUUGAUUUCUGCAACCCUGCCACUCCAGGCCAGCAACAGGGCCAGGGAGACCUCUUUCAGACCCCCAAAGACAGCAGCCCUUUUCCAGAGACAGAAGUUCUCAACCCCUUUGCUCCUAGCUCAGGGCUAACGAAGAUGGAUGUGGGAGAUUCUCAGUUCCAGCCUUUGGCUCUGUCUGACACUCUGUCCUUUGAUGGACUCGGAACUCCUUUACAGACGUCUUUAUCGUCACCUCAAGAGCAGUGUGUGCCCUGUACGCUGGACGAAGAGCUGGGACCCCCGACCACGCCUGAAGCCCGUAACGAUGAGAAGGCUCUGAUUGAGCAGCUUGUUUCCUUUCUGAGUGGAACAGAUGAGAGCGAGCUGGCUGAACUGGACAAGGCCCUGGGUAUCGACAAACUGGUACAGGGCGGCUGCUUUGACCCGUUUCCUCAAAACUUCCCGCCCCAGCAACCCACUGCCACGCCGGUUUCCAUGGACCCUAAACCCCCCACCUAUACUUUCCAGUUCCCACCAACUUCACAAGCUCCGUUUCCUCCAGAGCUGGCCGCGGUGGGGCAGCAGGGGGUGACAUUCGGAGCUCCCCGCGGGGCUUUCCCUGGCGGUUCAGCGAGCGUGGGACUGAGGCCAGGCAUGACCAGACCCCAGGGGAUGGGCCCCCAGCUCAGGCUGCCACCCAACCACCUGCGGCUGCAGCUGCAGCAGAGACUGCAGGGCCAGCAGCAGAAUCGACUAGCAGCCUUGAAUUCAUUCCCAGGAGGCCCCCAGCAGGUUAACAUGGGGGUGCGACAGGGGCUCCAACAACCCCAGAUACCCUCACAGCCUCUGCUGAACGCUCAGAUGCUGGCGCAGCGUCAGAGGGAACUCUACAGCAUCCACCAUCGUCAGCAGCAGCAGCUCCUCCAGCACAAGGUCAGGCUCAUGAGACAGAACGUGGCGGGAGUGCCCACCGUCGGCGUUGGCACCCCUAGGGCACCCAAAGUCCCUCCCACGACGUCUCAGCAGCAGUUCAGCUUUCCGCCGGGGUACAACCCGAUGGCGGGGAACACCCCUACCUCACCGAGUCACUUCAGCAACGUGGACUCCAAGCUGUCUGUCAGAGUGCCCCUGGGCAACCAGACGCUGAUGGGUGGCUUACAGGGUCAGUUUGACAGCACCGUGAACACCUCCGUGCAGCAGGGACUCUUUCAGCAGUUUGGAGGGUCUGCUGUGGUCCAACAGGAUCCACCCUUUCCUGCUGAGAUGAGCCCUACAAGCCCAUUAUUAUCACCUCAGAACUCCACUUCCCAGAGUCCUCUGCUUCAGCAGGCACCGCCUUCUGGCUAUCAGUCUCCAGACAUGAAGAGCUGGCAGCAGACAGGCCUGGGCAGCCUGUUCAGCCAGUCAGGACAGGGAGCAGCGCAGGCGUUCGGCCAGCAGGGGGUGUAUAACAACAUGAGCAUCACCGUCUCUAUGGCUGGAGGCACGAGCAGCGUCAGCUCUUUACCUUCCAUGGGUCAGGCGGUUGGAAUGAGCAACAGUAACCUCAGCAACGUCAGUUCAGUGUGCAGUGACCAGCAGGUGCAGCAGGUUCAGGUGUUCGCGGACGUCCAGUGCACUGUGAACCUUGUCGGCAGCGACUCCUACCUGAACCAGGGCUCCAUCGGGGCUGCGGGCCCCCAGAAGGGCCCCGGGCCGCAGGGCUCGCAGAGCAGCCAGGCCCAGCAGAAGAGCCUCCUCCAGCAGCUCCUCACUGAGUGACACCCUCCCCCUCCCAUCCCGUCAGCUCCUUCGCUCCCUCUCACGUCUUCAUCGCCUCCUCCUCUUCCUAGGAGGGUAGACCUAUCGCUGUCUCUGUCUCACUUUCGGACGAACGGAUAGAAGGACAGGCCGCUCGCAGCGUAAGGAGGUGUGGAGGUGCGGCUGUCUGUGGGGGGGUGGGUGGGGGUUCAGUUCUGGUAACUUUACCAGUCCAGGACUUAAAGAGCGUCAGUAGGAGCAGCGGUGUUAUUUAAACCUGCCUGUCUAAUCUGUCUGACAACCUGUCUGUCUGCCUCAGCCUAAUGAAGGCAGUGUUGUCUUGCUGCUCAUUUCUCGGUGACCUGCUUCCUGACCCAGGAGGAAAAAAAUGCGACGUCAUUGUAGAUUUGCCAAUUAUUUUUUUCCGUCACUGUCGAAUCAGGGCCGACCUUUCUCUCUCUUUCACUUCUUUUUCCUGCUUGGAUGACGGGUCGGCGGCGUUGGGGGGUGUCCCGCACAUCAGCAGCCACCUCUGGCUAUUUGAUUUCCUUUGCGUUUGUCGUUCUUUCUACCAUCUAUCUAUCUCUGUCUCUUAGCGAUGUGGGAAUGUUAAGGUUUCAGACCUCAGCGGCAUUGUGAGAUAGAAGCUCAGUAUCAGCUGGUUCUGGGACUGUUCCUCUCUAUCUGCUGCAGUGCCUGGUGGAAGUGUGAGUUUGUCCCAAGCUCUGCUUCUUCUUCUUCUUCCUCUUUUAUUAUUAUUAUUUUUUUUCUUCUACUCCUGUGUAUUUUUCUAUUCUAUUUUUAUGUUUUGGGUUGGAUUGUUUAUAAAAUCUUCUGCUCUCUCCGUCGUCAUCAUCUUCAUCAUGACCUCCAGAACAAGCUUUGACAUCAACCAGGGCGUACGGAUUGGAUGAAUGGAUGGAAGGACGGGAGUCAGAGGGGAUGCUGCUCAGUUUUGAACCUUUUAUGUCUUUUAUUUUUAUUUCUAUCAGAGUAUAAAAACAGACUGUUAUGGUUAUUUAACUGUCUUGUCCAUCACAUUUUAGCCUCACCUCAGCAGAUGUGAAUACGGGGAGGCCCGGCAGGGUUCCUCCUCUGCUCCUCUCUUUCUCUUUGUGUCUUCACGGUUUCUCUCAGCCUAUCAGUGUUGUUUGCCACGUGCACCAUGCAGGCGGGUAGUAUUUGUACAUUACAGAAGGACAAAGACUUUGGAGGUGAGCUAACCUGUUCUCUUGUAACUGCUUUCCUUUUGGACAAAAAACAAAACAAAAAAAGUGUCAUUAAUUGAAUACUCAGAAGAGGCAAAACUCUGUAUAAUGUGAUUGGAUUCAUUUAUUUUUGGUUUGUUUUUCUUAGUUUUUAAUUAGUUCUAAUAAUGUCUGCUCAUUUUUGAGAUUAUCUUUUUUUUCUGGCAUAUUGUGACACAGCUUCAUGUUGCAGUGGAGGAAGAAGUUAUUCCAGCUUCUAAAAAUGUGAAAUUUUAAACACAAUUUGACUUAAAAAAAAGAAAAAAAAAGUAAAAAAUGUUGGAAAUGGCUCCCUUUUUACAAACAUAGUUUUAUUUCUUUUCUUUCUUUUUUUUUAUUUCAGGGAGCUAGUUAGCCGUUAUGUUUUUUUUUUUGUUUUUUUUGCUUUCUCCUAUUUUUGUGUACAAAAACAGCACAUUUGUCUGUAACAGUUGUAUAAAAAUGAUAAUUAUAGCUCAAGUCGCAUUGUUUGCCGCUUGUCGCUGCAGCCAACGAUGCGCUUUCCAUUAUUGUUCCCAUAUAUAAUGAAAUUUAAAUAGAGGCUUUAGCGUUAGAACUUCUAACAAAGAUGUGAUUGAUGAAUGAUUUAAAGUUUUCUGGAAUUUGAAUCAAGCUUUGGAAAAAAAAAAAAAAAGAUAAUAUCCUCCUUUUAAAACUGUUGAUCUACUCAGGAAUUCAUCUCCAUCCGCCUAUGAGCACAUCACUCCUCUGGCUGCUCACAUGUACAGUUUUCUGUAACUACUGUUGAUCGGUCCUACACUGUCUCUCCAUAACCAAUACAGAUUUAAAAUAAGAAAAAAAAAAACUUUUGUUAUGCACAAAUCUAUAAACUCCCUGCUGAGACGUCGCCUCUUAAUGCUUUAUGAUAAAAUUGUUGCGGAAAAAGAAAUAUCCAGAUUUUUUUGUUCUGAUUUAUUUGAAAACAGACGACAGAACCAAACCCAAAGGUUUCCUUUUCUAUCAGGAUUGAAUUUAAUCAGGAAGCAUCCAGAGAUCCUGUGGAAAAUGAACAGUUUUCAUGCAUUAUUAUUUAUUUCUCUGCCUUUCUGUGCUGAUGGAUUGGCGGUGAGAGGUUUCACAGUCAAUGCAGACCCCACAUUCAGAAAUUCACCUUUCUUUUUUUAUCCGCUCAGUAAAAUUAGAACUUUUAAUCCAGUUCCAUCUCAUGUCUGAUACUAAUUUGGUAUAAAACACAAAUAAGUCACAGAGCGUUCACAGGUCAAGUGGGCAUUUAACCUGCUAACUCCUCCAGCGAUGCUGUGUGAUGUAGGAACCACUUUGUGCUCAGCUCUGCUGUGGAUGUGAGCUCAGUGAGUCAGGUUCUAUUUUGGUCACUAUGUUCUACAGCUUCUGCAUAGAUUUUAAAUAUUUUUCAUCCGCUCAAAGAAAAAAAUAUAUGCAAAACAACCGAAAGUGUAAUAACUCCAGUAGGCCAGAAUGAGGCGCUUUAGAGUUACCAUGGUACUGCAUGGUUUUAAAACAAGGCCGAUUCAUCUGAUUCAAGUUUUUUUAAAUGAAAAUCAGCAUCUUAAUCAGCUGCUAUAUCGCACAGAAAUGCCGUAGUAACACCGUUUCACCAGUAGGGGUGAUAAUGAUUUUGGUAACAUAAAAAUCCAAAAUAACUUGUUGGUUUAAGCAGAUCUAGGUUUAUGCUCCUGAACAGCAGGGGGCACUGUUUUUCUUUGACUUGUUCUUUUUUUUACCUCAUUCCUCCUGUUAACUUCUAUAAAAACAAAAACUUGGCAAUGCAAAACACAACCUCUAAGAAUCUCUGGAUUCUCUGUACACAGGUACAAAUAAAAUCUUCUGUUUACAAAAUACUUUUAAAAAAUAUGUUUUUUUCUCCCAUCAGGAAGUCUGCUGCAUAGAUAAGAAAUAUCUCUUCAGAAACUGCAAGAUCAGAAGGAAAGACCCUAAACCUUACACUGCUCCCCGGGCGCCGCAAAAUGGCAGCCCACUGCUUCCCCAAGGGGAUGGGUUAAAUGCAGAGAGUGAAUCUAGUUUCUCUGUACUUGUGACAGUUUAAUGACAAUAAAAGCUACACAAAAAAAAAGAAAAUUAUCUGAAAAUUUCACCGAUCUUUAUCUAGAGAACAAAAAAACAUUAGACCCACGUUUGAGAUAAAUUGGCUCCAUGAAUAAUGAAGCAUAUUCUGUAUUUUUUUAUUUAGCAGUUUAUGAAAACCUCUCAGUUUGUCCUGAAAGAAAAGCCAAAAGCUACACAAAGCGCACCACCAUGCAAAUAAACCAGCAUAAAAACAUAUUCAUUUAUGUAAGCCGUUAUUUACAAAUACAUCUCUGAUGAAAUGAUGCAAAAGGCUGGUGUCCUCAGGUGUGGAUUAAACUUGCAGAUGAGGCCAAAUCAUCCCAAAGCUGUUUGCAACUAAAAUCAAUUAACAUGCAACAAAUGGGCCAUCUUUAAAACAUCACUUUUUGCAGUUCCUAAACCUAUUUGUAGCUCCUGAAUUGUGCAGCAGAUCAGUUAGUUGGAGAUUUAUUUAUUUUUUUAUUGCUGAGAUAUUUCUACACACACACAGCAUAGCUCCUCUUCCUCUUUACAUCUUUCCUGCAUGCGAAAGGCCUCCUCUACCAACCCGGAUUAUAGAUGGAGAAUUUCACCCUGCAGCAAAGACAUCAACAACAACAAAAUGCCAAAUACACCCGAGAAGCUGAAAAAAGGCAAAAAUGUUUCUUUAUGCAAAAGCCUUUCAGUGCAAAAAGCAGUCCCUCCUUCCUCGCUACAGCGCGCAGGUACCAGGUUUUGUAAUGUUUGUCUCAUGUUAAUGUAAAUAACAGAAAUGUGAAUGCAUAUUUGUUCAGAAUCGACAGAGUAAAAAAAAACACAAAAAAAACUAGCUCCGAGUUUGUGGUAAAUAACUACUCGCCUUUGUCAUGUUUUUAUUUUUCUACCUUUUUACUUUGGUUUUGAAGAUGGUGUAUGUUUGUACAUGAAGUGUGAGUGUGUAAUACUGUAUAUCUGGUGUUCUCUCUGAGAUGGAAACGGACGACGAUGUCCUGUUCAGUUCCUCUUCGGACUCUUUCAGACCCUGCACAGUUACCUGUGGGUGUUUUAUUCGGAUAAACUAUGCCAGAGAUUGGUUGUUGUUUUUUGUUUUGUUUUUUUAAGCGACUGCUGAAUGUGAUUUUACUGAGAGAAAGAGAUAGAGAGAGAGAGAAGCGGUGUGGACUGGCUUUUUGUACGGGUUAAUUUAAAAGAAGAAGAAAAAAAAAAAGGCCAUAUUAUUUAAUUUUCCUCUGUUGACGCAAAUGGUUCAGCAGAGCUGGGAGAGUGGAGCCUUGGUUUUUUAGCAUUGAGAAGCAUUGUUGAAUUUAUGACUGAUCUGUCUGGUUUUUAUUUUUAACAUUUUAAUUCAUCCCUCAAUAGUAAAAAAGAAAAAAAAAAGACCAAAGCUUCAACGUGUUUAACGGAUUUCAUAUGCAAACCUCGUCAUCACUGGACAACACAUAAUGUAGCGGCUCUAUUUCGUUUCCUUCGUCUCUAUGCAUGCUCCUUUAUUUUCAUUUUUCUGUCUUAAAUCUUAAAUCCAUCUCAUCAGAUCAUCAGAGUGGCCUAUCAGCAUUCAGAACCUGCGAUGUCCCAAAGUUUGCUCAGUUCCGACUCUGCCGAUGCCGUGUUUUUUAAUCCCGAAGUGCUAUCACGUGUUUACAGGAAAAAAAAAAAAAA